AUGACCUACCUCGACUUGAGACACCACCACCAGACUUGGGUUAGCUCUCGACAUACGAUGGACACGAAUGCUAAGGGUAAAUUUUUCUCUCGACCUUGGGUACGAAAAUCGAAGGGGAAGUGUUCUCUAUCAUUCCAACCAGAUAUUGUUGUUCAUCAUGACCUAGAUGGACUGGAGUUCGCUUGCGAGGAAGGUACCGGACAGUUGGUGUCCUGGUUUGAGGACAUCCUCAUAUCCGAUUACCCAGAUGCCCACAUUCUUAGCUUUUAUCCAUCACCAGAUGCUAUUGCCAUAAGUCUAUUCACGGUAUACGGUUUCCGGGCCCAGGCUUGGGAGUUGUUGAGCUUGAUUCAGCGGGAAAGAGAGGACAAGCAUUCCCAGCGUACAGAAUCAGAAAUCAUUUUUCUUGCUUCCGGGGUGGGCAGCCUCAUUGUUGAACAGGCGUUAGUGAUUGCUCACCACAAUCAAAGGUUUAGAUCGAUUAGACACCAAGCAUCGUUCAUUCAAUAUGGAUGGGGGAUCACGACGACAUUGUCCCACGUGACUACAGCUCUGGAAGAAAUUCAUAGUUCCUUUUCUUCGGUUGCUGGGCGAUACAAGACAGCUACAUCUGAGAAAGUAGUGGCUUUUCGGGCAGAAAGAGCAACCGAGGAAGUAUUGAAUGAGUGGCAAAUUCUAUCAAGCCGAAUCAGGCGUUUGACAAUUCCAUUUUCAGUUGAAGCCUCGGUCGUGCUGAUUUCUAGUAUAUCAGAUUCUCAACAAUUGUCGGACGCCCAUAAUGCCGGUGUUGCCCGCAACCUGAUACUCUCCAGCUCACAGGUAUUAAAGGUCCUAGAGAUCAACGAGACUUAUUUGUCUUGGAGAGAUAAUGGUAAUUCUGAACUACUAUGCGUCUACGGGGGUGAGAUAACCGCAAGUGCGCCGUUAAGAGGUCUAUCAGCGGGAGAGGCCGUGGUUACAGCUUACUUAGCGUUUGGGGAGGUUCCAUACUUCAAGAGAACAAUGUCGACCAUCUUGGAAGUGCUGAUAUAUAGGAUCCUGGCUACUGUUGUUCCUGCCUUUGAUAUCAUUCAGCCCAUUCUAGACUCCUUCGGAAUUUAUAUGUGCGAAGACGAGAUAAUAGAUCAAUUAGAAGCACUUGUGGCGUUGGCGUUGGGCCAUGCCCGAAGUUUGUCCUGCAAAGUGCUUGCCACCAGCCAACCUCUCAACAAUGCAACAUCUGGGAAAGCAACUGUGAUAAACCUAAACCCACUGAUGUUGCAGCGUCAAAAUGUGGAGUAUAUUAUCAGACUCACGAUUCGAAACUUUGGGACACAAACCUGGGGCUUCGCGGAGCUUGAGCAGCUAAUUGUUAAUGCACUUCCGGAAUCAGCGACACCUUCGGAAAUCGAGAUGCGACUGCAAGCCUUAUUACAUGUUAAACCACUGCCAGAACUAUAUUCAGAGAUACUGGGUCCACCGAGUGCUCUAAUGCCGUGGGUGCGCAGGGCUUUGUCCUGGAUGACGCUUAGCUUCCGGCCGCUUGACAUACAGGAACUAGCCGUUGCUGUCGUAUGCCAGGGCAGCCUACCAUAUCAGGAGAUGCUUCACCAUCUACCUCUAGAUUUCGAGGGUGAUCUAACACGUGCCUUGGGUCCGCUGGUUGAUGUUCGCAACGGCCAGCUUAUGUUUGCAAACGAAUCCGUCAGAGAAUAUAUCCAAAAUGAGCUCACAGCAAAGCUGAACUCUGGUGGCGACUAUAGCUGCGAUGUUUUAACGCACGCCAACUUGACUCGUAGCUGUCUCACAUAUUUGAAACACUCUGGGGUAGCUCAAGCGGGCCCACGAGAAGGAUGCCGGACUUCCUGGGAGCAGAGCGCAUUGGAUUUCAGCGAGUACGCAGCACGAUACUGGACCUACCAUUACCGCGCAACAGACAACAGAAACGUACUUAUCCGUGACAUACUGGACUUUUUAUCUCAGGAGAACUGUAGAAAUCGUUGGGCAGAGUGGUGGCGGACCGCGCACUGUUUCGACAGCAUAGACUGCUUUGAGUGCACCCCACUUACUCUUGCUGCGGAACAUGGCCUAUGCAAAGAAAUGACUGAGGCAUUAGAAAUAGCAUUGCAAUUCGGCCACCUGGACGUGGCCCGUCAGUUGCUACUCGAAACGAACCCAUCAAAUAAGUCACUAACUCUUGCCAGUAGAGCAGGGGAUACCGAACUGGUCACUAAUAUACUUCAAAAGCUCGGUGCUCCGGCAUGUACCUGCCUUGAGUCACUUCAAGCAGCAGUUAUUCGUGGACAACUUCAGACAAUUGAUAUAUUGCUGCAGCUGCUUCCAGACGUAUCAUCAGCUCUCGAAGAUAACCCCUCUCUGUACCUCGACGCCAUCAGGUCAGGGAAAACUGAGGUCGUGGAACGCCUACUCGAUGUAGGACGUGCACAGUUACCGGUGGAAAUUGGAUCAAAUUUGCUUCGCUUGGCUGCCCGGCGUGGCGAUAUCGACAUUAUUCGCUUGAUCCAGGCCGAAGGCUCCAGUACAGACUGGAAAGAUGAAAAUUGUUGGACGAUAUUACACCAUGCUGCUGACACUGGGCGUGCUAACGUCGUCACAGAACUUAUAUCAUCAUACGACCCUGAGGCCAAAGAUGAUGGUGGAAUGUCUCCGUUACAUAUCGCUUGCAAAAACGGCAGCAUAUCGACGUUUAUUGCACUUGUGAGGACGAAUAAACUUAGCUUCAAUGCGCCUACCGCUUACGGAGACCAGCCAAAUCAUCUGGCCGCGGCGGGAAACCACCUCCAUAUUGUGGUACGUCUUGUGCAACUGGGAGCCGAUCCAAAGAUACCGAACCGCAAAGGGUUUACGUCGUUGCACUUGGCUGCUCAAGCGGACCAUCUCGCGGUUGUUCGGGAACUUAUUCGUCGGAUAGGAGACCCGCCGUCGGCUAAUGUGGAGGAGGGUGCCGACAGUCGGGAGGCUUGCAAGGAUCAUACUAGCAGCCGUGGUGACGAUGAGGAAGACAGAGGGGAAGCAGAGAACAGUAGCGAUGGAGAAUCCAAGGAAGAAGAAAUUCAAAACUAUGGGCUCGAACCAAUCCCAUUAAAUUUGGCAGCCUUGAGAGGCUACGGUGAUGUAGUAAGGGAACUUCUGAAGGCGCACGUUGACAUCAAUUUCGGGAACUGUAAUGGGAGUACUCCACUACACCUGUCAGUUCAUCACGGGCACACAGCUGUUGUAAAGACGCUGCUUGUUGGCGGCGCAAAUGCAAGUCUCUGCCACCUGCAUGGACGUUUGCCGCUUCAUAUAGCCUCGAAGCGGGAAUGUUUUCAUUUUCCGGGCCCUCCAAAAGUCUGA